CGGGGCUUUCCGUCGUCAGGAAACGUGACGUAACUUUUAUUUUGGAAAACGACUCGAGCCAGAGGUGAGAGAAGAAUGGAGCAAAGCGUUGAAGAUUACAAGCUGAUAUUCGAGAAGGAGGGGGUGUAUCUCCACACAAAUGCCAAGAGGAGUAAUCAGGAAAACACAAUCCCAGGAUUCAUCCGCAUCGUAGAGCGGGUUGGGGUGCCUGCAUUAGAGUGGAGCCCGCUGGAGGAUGAGGGUCGCACUGCCCCUGCUGUUCUCUACACCAAAAAGGAUGGAGAAGGAGGGGAGGAGGAUACAAACUUUGACCCGGGGUAUGAGCCUGAUUGGGCUGUUAUCAGCACGGUGAAGAAAGAUCGGGAGCAAGUCCCGGUCAGAGACUCAGGUCAGUGGUCGUUCUCUCUGCCGCUCUCAGAGUUGUACUCCCUCCGAAGGGCUCGCUUCUCGUUGGGUCGAAACUUCCUGGUGCUGACGAGUCGAGGUGGGGACCCGCUGCCCCCGCUGCACUUCCACAGAGGAGGAACCAGGGAGCUGUUCAGGGCGCUGCAGUACUACAUCAUCCUGGACCAGUCUCCGGUUGACGGGCGGCUCUUUCUGGCCUAUCCUCAAGACUCGGGCGCUCUCUCGCAGUCCUUCGACAAACUGCAGCUCCUCGACGAUGGAGGCUCGGAUCUUGUUUUGAGAUUCAUCCAGGACCCGUACGCCACCACAUUUGGCGGAUUCUCAAAAGUCACCAACUUCUUCAAGGCUGCACUUCGACCUCCAGAUUCCCAUAACCCCUCUCGUACCACUCAGGAUCCCAGUUUGCCCCCCCAGUCCGAUGACGAGCCAGGCUUCGAACUCAUCACAUGUGGGGUAGAGCUCGGUCCCAGACCACGUGUAACCCGGGGGCGACCUCUGGAUAAGUGGGAGGAGUUUCUGGACCCAGAGGGGCGAGUGAAGAACCCAGAGAGGAUCAAAGAAAUGGUGUUCAGAGGGGGCAUCACGCCGUCCCUGAGGAAGGAGGCUUGGAAGUUCCUGCUUGGCUUUUAUCCGUGGAACAGCACCACGAAGGAGAGAGAGGACAUCCUGCGGCUCAAAACGGACGAGUACUUCAGGAUGAAGGUGCAGUGGAAGUCAGUGAGUGAAGAGCAGGAGAUGAGGAACUCCCUCCUCAGAGGAUACAGAAGCCUGAUUGAGCGAGACGUCAGCAGGACGGACAGAAACAACACGUUCUUCUCUGGGAACGACAAUCCAGGACUGACUCUGCUGCACGACGUGCUGAUGACGUACUGCAUGUACAACUUUGAUCUUGGUUACGUCCAGGGGAUGAGCGAUCUCCUCUCUCCCCUCCUCUUCGUCACCCAGAAUGAGGUGGAGUCCUUCUGGUGUCUGACAGGCUUCAUGGAGCUGGUGCACCAGAACUUCGAGGAGUCUCAGGAGGCCAUGAAGCAGCAGCUCCUGCAGCUCACUAUCCUGCUGAAGGCUCUGGACCCCGAGCUGUACGACUUCCUGGACUCUCAGGACAGCGGCUCCCUCUGCUUCUGUUUCCGCUGGCUGCUCAUCUGGUUCAAGAGAGAGUUCUCCUUCGAGGACAUCCUCACCUUGUGGGAGGUCCUCUGGAGUCGACUCCCGUGUGACAACUUCCACCUGCUGAUCGCCUGCUCCAUCCUGCAGUCCCAGAGAGGAGAGCUGAUUGGCUCUGACCACGACUUUAACACUAUCCUGAAGCACAUUAACGAGUUGACCAUGAAGUUGGACCUGCAGACUGUUCUGGUGGGAGCCGAGGCGAUUUACCUCCAGCUGAUUCAGUGCAAGGAGCUUCCCCUGAAGGUGCAGCAGGUUCUGGGUCUCUACGUCCCGUCCAGCUCAGAGGAGGACAGUCCCGCCUCCCAGGGCAGCGAGACGGCGCGCCUCCUCAGCAGCCAAUCAGAGGCAUGCGCUGCUUCUUGUAGCUCAGCACGCGUCCCUACCUAUCCUUAAAAGCAGCAGGCUGGCUGGUGAACUGACACAAACGAUUGGAAAGUAUUUAUAUAUGAAGACAAUAAAUGCAUUUGAUCAAAUGAGAAAGUGACUGUCUGUGGAAAACUGUUGUUACUGUUUGUCAACAGCAGGGGGCGUUGAGGGUUUUUUUUUUUUUCCUUUUCUUUAAAUGUACCCAUGAAUGUUACCGAACACUAUGACAGCGUGCAGUGCUCUGUGUCUUUCAUUAUGUUGUCCUCUGUGUUCACAUGUCUCUGAUGAAGAUGACUGCCAUUCUCUCUGCUCUCCUUCCUCCUACUCAUGCUGCUCUUUUACCUUCUUCUCACACAUUAUUUAAUCAUAGCUGCUUGUCCUUUUUGUCACGACGUACUUUGGUUGAGAUGUCCCUGGCGCUCCCCCCCUCUCUCCAUUGUACCUGCAAAGGGAAGAAAUUAAGGAUGAACUCUCCUUGUUAGUACUGUAUGAUGCCAUUCCAGCUCUAUGCAAAGUUUUUGCAUGCCUUAUAGUUUUCAUGAGUGGCGUUACAUUUUAAGCCUUGUAAUUAUCUGUAUUAUGACUUAACGUUUUCAUCCUCUCAUUAUUACGUAAUAAAAGGUUGAAUCUAAA